AUGCUGGACGCCUUUGAGAUCAUCACGACGUCGGGUGUCGUCGUCUGGAGUCGCACAUACGCCNCCGUUGCCCACAAGGUCGUCAACAGCCUGAUCAACGACGUCUUUAUCGAGGAGCGCGCCCAGAGCCUGCAGAGCCAACCGCGGAAUGCCACCUUCAAAACCGACAAGUACACGCUCAAAUACACCCACGCCAAAGAUCUCGGCCUGAUUUUUGUCGCCGUCUAUCAGUCCAUCCUGCACUUGUCGUGGGUCGACAAUCUGCUCGACGUUGUCCGUGGCCUCUUCGUCAAGCAAUACGGAGCAGACCUCAAAAUCAAGAACACAACCAAGCUCGACUGCUCGACAUUCACCCCGACCUUCGAUGCCCUCGUCCAGAAGCUCGACAAGACUCAAUCCUCAGCCCCGCGACCUGACGAUCAAGACCUCGAGACAGACUCGCCCACCGACCUGACCCCACCAUCGAGCUCUGCUGGCGACGAUCAAGACCACCCACCGCCUCCCGCGCCCACCCUCAAGAAGCCCGCCCCGAGACAGAUCGCCGACACCAUCUCAGCCUCUACAGAUGCCACCCCCAUUCCGACACCAGACACAUCACGACCUGCUUCUCCUGCCGUAAGCCAAUUGCUUGAAGGAAAGAGUCCCCGGGGCUCGCGCCGUUCGCGAAAGGCCGCACUUGCUGCCUCUUCAGCCCCCGCCUCUUCUGGCGAUGAAAAGUCUCCUUCUCGCAAAGCCGCAGCCGCAAAGAGACCGACUGCAAAAUCAAAGCGCACGUGGGAUGCUCACGGCUUUGGCGCUGAGGAAGACGAGGACACAGUUCUGGAUUACUCGACACAAAGUCUGGACGAUGCUCCUGCUGCCCAAUCAACACUGCAGCCCGUUCGCACCGACGACAUGGGUAGCAGGACGGCCAAGGGCCAGUUUGUGCUCAAGGAUUUGGAUGACGAGGUUGAUGCCAUUCUCGCAGAGUCAAAAUCUAGGAAAGAGGAGGUCGACACGGACGCAUCAAAAGGACUGGUGGGAACCGGACUGGGAGCCAUCAGUGGCUACUUCCGCAACAUGGUCGGAGGCAAGACUCUGACGGCUGCCGACCUGGUCAAACCGAUGAAAGCCAUGGAGGAUCAUCUCCUGAACAAGAACGUUGCCCGCGAGGCAGCCGUCCGCUUGUGCGAAUCUGUCGAGCGCGAUCUUAUUGGUCUCAAGACCAGCAACUUCACCACUAUCGACCAGACCAUUCGCGACUCCAUGGCCAAAGCUCUCACCCGCAUACUGACCCCUACCUCGUCCCUCGACUUGCUGCGCUCAAUCACGUCUACUAUCUCGGGCUCAAAUGCAAGGCCAUAUGUCAUCAGUAUUGUUGGUGUCAAUGGUGUCGGCAAGUCGACUUCCCUGUCUAAACUCGCUUUCUUCUUCCUCCAAAACAACUUCCGUGUCCUGGUUUGUGCCGCCGAUACCUUCCGUUCUGGCGCCGUUGAGCAACUACGCGUUCACGUACGCAACCUCUCCGAGUUGACUGCUCGUGAGAAUCUCGGUCACGUCGACCUUUACGAGAAGGGCUAUGGCAAGGAUGCUGCUCAACUUGCCAAGGAGGCUGUUGUCUAUGCCGCUGAAAACGCCUAUGAUGUCGUGCUGGUCGACACAGCUGGCCGCAGACACAACGACACCCGACUCAUGUCGUCUCUUACCAAAUUCGGACAGCUCGCCAACCCAGACAAGAUCUUCAUGGUCGGUGAGGCUCUUGUUGGCACCGACUCGGUUGCUCAGGCUCGCAACUUUUCUGCGCAAUUCGUGGAUCGCCAAGGAAAGGGCCGUGGACUCGAUGGCUUUGUCAUUUCCAAGUGUGAUACCGUCGGCGACAUGGUCGGUACGCUCGUUAGCAUGGUUCACGCCACGGGCAUCCCUGUGGUCUUCUUGGGCGUAGGUCAACACUACGGCGAUUUGCGUGGCCUGAACGUUGGUUGGGCUGUAGACAAGUUGAUGAAGUAG